CUCACGAUAGGAGGAAACGCUCCUUCUCUGUCACACAUUCACACUGGACAGGAGGAGAAUGUUAGCAGCAGCAUCCAAAAGGAGAAUGAAGGAGACCCACAAAAUGAUAGCUUUCACUUUGCUUUUCAUCGCCACACUCCUUCACGGUGGCGUAGUUGCAGAAUAUGAGGUUGUUACUGGGCCCACACGGCCAGUGAAUGAUGCUGGAGUCAUUCGUGGGGACGACAUUGAUACUACACAACUGGCAGAUGAAGAGGCAGAUACACCCUUUCACCAGAUCACUGUAUUCCCCAGUAUGCCUGGACUGGAUUCCAACCUCUCAGACAUUUUAGAUGACACCACAGCGGCUCCAGUCACCGAGGUGGUAGAGGAGACCACAGACAUGAGGGAGGCCACAGGGAAGGAGACCCAGGCUCCCCAGCAGAUUCUUACCUCCCACUCAAGUGACAUUGUGCUCAUCCCAGAGGCUGGUGUGAUGUGUGUUGAUAAAGAAGCGGUCCAGAACAGAGAUGCAGUGAGUCUGAAAAUAAAGGCCUCGUCCAGCUGUGAAGAGACCAGGUCUAAAAUUGAAAGUGUUCUGGAGCACCUGUGUGGGGUCGACUGUAAACUGGAGGUCUUUCAGGAGGACAACUCUAAAGAAAUCCUGAUCUUUGGCCAAUACAUAGAAGCUGAUGCUAAAGGAAUGGCAGAGAAGUUCAACAAUGACAAUAUAAAAGACAAGAUUGAUUUUGAGGAAGCUGUUCCUCGCUGGGGGAAGAACUCCAAGCUAGUGCUGGUCUCCCUGCUGCUCACUGGACUGCUCCUGGCUAUUCUGCUCAUCGCAGGUUACUACCUGAAAACCCACCGCCCACCACCCAAGGGAGCGAGACUGGCCGAAGAGGGUUUCCAGGUGGAUGAGGAGAACCAGGCCAACACCCUGGUGUCUGUGGCCCCUCUGCAACCACAGGAGCCCCUGGACAAGCCCCCCACCAACGGCCACGCCGCCACCCAGACUCCCGUUGCCGACACCGAAAUGUGAACAAGCUCUGAAUGACACCCCCCACGCCCCAUCACCACAUUCCCAAUACCUCUCCCCCUCAGUUACCUGGGGAUACUGCACUCUGACACAGAUUCAACAUCCAACCCUCCACCCCCAGGAUGAUGACAAUGAGGAAACUGAUGAUGACGAUGUCUGUAAUGUGAAAAAGAGAUUGUGAUCACUGGCCUCUAUUAGGUUUCAGUAGCGUCAGAGAAGGAGCCCAAACUCUGAGUUUGGGGGACUGGACAGCUGGGACAGACUGCAGUCCAGAAACAAUAAUCACAGCAAAAAAAGGGCAACAGAUCACCGGAAUUGACAGUUUGUGUUGCUGUAUCCAAAUUCAAGUAUAAAUCAAGGUAUAUGCUAUAUCUUAAACACUUGCAGAUCUGAAAUAUACUAAUUUGAACUAAAGGGUCAUCGUAGUUUAAAGUAUUGAUUGCUUGGUUCAUUUGUUUGUAUGAUCUUAUGUGAUUGUUUGCUUGGUUCAUUUGUUUCAGAAUGAUGUACAGUAGGCUUAGUGCGUCACUAUUUCUAUCAAGACAAACUUUCUAUUGUAGUUUUUUUAAACAUGUUUUUUCUGUUCUGACUUACCACUGUGUCUUUGAGAAUGUUGAACCAGGUAGACUCAUUUUAUCAUUCAGGAAAACAAACAGACAAGUUUUGUGUGGCGAAUUUGAUCAAUAAUAUUAGUCUCUAUGGUGCACUGCCAUUAGAUUGACAAAACCCCUAAUAACAUAUUCAACAUUCCAAAGACACUUUAUGUCCUCAAUAAAUCAGUUCAUCAUGAAACAUACAUGGAUGAAAGUAAAGCUGUAUUUUAGCUAUUGUUUUUUAAGGACUGAUUGUUUUCAUACAAUAUUGCAUGUGUACAUAUGCCAUUUUUCUCUGUUCGUAAUAUCUGUCCCAUAAAUUGUGAUUGUGUCAA